AUGAAUAAAAUAUUGUCAAAUAGAUUCCCAUACAUUGCGGUGAAUAACAAGAACUAUCAAAAGAUAUGCAAGAUUCAUACAACAUCAUUUAGUAGCUCGGCUUUCAAGGCUGGCGACAAAAUUAGAAUACAAAAGACAUUGACACAAAAAGAUCUAGAUGCAUUCUCUAAUUUAACAAGUGAUCACAAUUAUUUACAUCAAAACAGUGGUAAUAAAAGACCAAUUGUUCAUGGGGCAUUAUUAAAUGGGCUUGUGGCAGGCCUUAUAGGCACACACUUGCCAGGGCCAGGCACAGUGCUAGUGUCACAAACUAUGAAGUUUCCCAAUAAAUGCUUUGUUGGUGAAAAAUUGACUAUCAGUGUAGAACUGGUUGAUGUGAGGAAAAUACUCAAAGUAAAGUUUUACUGUAUUGUUGAAGAGGAAAAGAAGGUUGUGUUUGAGGGUGAGGCUAAAUUGGUGUUAGCCAAAGACUGUUAG